ACGGUCAACACAAGGGGAAUAUCAACUCGGCCAGCGACGCAACAUGUCCUCUGAAAUGUACGCACACAUCCUCGCUCUGGGGUUGCUGGCCUCUCUGGUGCUGCGUGCCGCCGGAGCUCCGCUUCCAGAAGCACCCACUGUCCUUCCAGGUGACACCUCAGGUGAGGAAGAGACGGAGCCCUCCGACCUGCUGAGCUCCUCCCCAGUUUGGGACUCGGUUGUGGGUACCGCGAAAAAACACCAGAAAGCUUUUGAAGAUGAAUUUCAAAAUAAUGCCAAGUAUCAUUUACUGGAUGAAUACAAAGUAUCCCAGCUUCCAGUAAACUGCCCCAGCUCCAACUUCAGCAAGGAGGCUUGCCUCCACAGGCUGGCCCAAGGUCUGACCAUCUACACAAGUCUUCUGAAGUACGUGGAGAAGGUCUAUCCCGGCAGUAGAAAUCUGUCCGAGGCCAAACACUACACCGGACUCCUGCUCAGGCUCAUCAAACAAAAGAUGAAAAAGACAGAAGCGGUCACAGGACUGAACAGCAGCCAAGAGGAGAGCCUACUGGGGUCACUGGACAACCAAGAUGUUUUCCACAGAAAAAUGACAGCACACAGCAUCCUGCAGCAGCUCUUCGUCUUCCUGGUUGACGGCAAGAGAGCGCUGCGCCGGAAAGAGAGGCGGAGGGGAAGAGUCCUCGAGGUCGCAAUGUAUCAUCCAUUAUAGUAGUCACAUCCGCAAUGAAGGCCGUCUGGAAAGUUGGGCAAAAGGUAUCAAAUUAAGGGAAGUUGUAUCUGCAGUGAAGUGUCGUAAUCCACUGACGGAAUAAUGAUGUAUUUAUGAGUUUUUUAAUGACGCACUGAGACUUUUUUUCCCCUCAAAUUAUUAUUUAUUCUUUGGAGAAAAUAUUUAUUGCUCACACAAAAGCCUGUUGUUAAAUAUUUUAAUGUUAUUGCUCAUAUUUAAUUUGCUUUU